GUAAGCCCCCCUCGCCUGCCCAACAAAGGGUCCUCUUUGCUCGGAUUGAAAAUGCCUGGGAUUAAUUUAACCCCUUCACUCCCCCACCCCUCCUUGUGAGACGCAGGAAUCGGUGAAAGGGAAAAGGACGAAGAAGAAGACGACGACGACGGGCUGGGAUGGAGAACCUCUCUGCAGCCGGCGGGCAUCAGCUCAGAGGAGACUCCGUGUUCUCCCAGACGGAGCACAACGUGGUGGCAGCGUACCUGAUAACGGCAGGUGUCGUGAGUCUCCUCAGUAACCUUGUGGUGUUGGCCAUGUUUGUGAAGUACAGAGAGCUUCGAACGGCCACCAAUGCCAUCAUCAUCAACCUGGCGUUCACCGACAUCGGCGUCAGCGGCAUCGGCUACCCCAUGUCGGCGGCCUCAGACCUCCACGGCAGCUGGAAGUUUGGAUACGCGGGCUGUCAGAUCUACGCUGCACUGAACAUCUUCUUUGGCAUGGCGAGCAUCGGACUCCUCACCGUUGUGGCCAUCGACCGUCACCUCACCAUCUGCAGACCAGACACAGGUAGGACCAUGACGGGCCGCACGUAUGCCUACCUCAUCACUGCAGCCUGGGUAAACGCCUUCUUCUGGGCCAUCAUGCCCAUUGCAGGGUGGGCCAGCUAUGGACCCGAUCCAACAGGAGCGACUUGUACAGUCAACUGGAGGAAGAACGACUCGUCCUUCAUCUCAUUCACCAUGUCGGUAAUUGCCGUGAACUUCGUGGUGCCCUUGGUGGUCAUGUUCUACUGCUAUUACGGGGUCUCUCGGGCGGUGAAGUGCUGCAGCAGUGGCCAGUAUCUGGACAACAUCAACAUGGACUGGUCGGAGCAGAUGGACGUGACAAAGAUGUCCGUGGUGAUGAUCUUAAUGUUUCUUGUGGCUUGGACGCCGUACUCCGUCGUGUGUCUCUGGGCGUCCUUUGGAGAUCCAAAGCAGAUUCCUGCGUCCCUGGCCAUCAUCGCCCCUCUCUUUGCCAAGUCCUCCACCUUCUACAAUCCUUGCAUUUAUGUCAUUGCUAACAAGAGGUUCAGAAGAUCGAUUGUCGCCAUGCUACGCUGCCAGACCCGGAAGGAGAUCACCAUCAACACUCUGGUGCCCAUGACCAUCUCCCAGCUGCCUUUAACCCAGUAGGCCCGUCACAUUCACCGGCCAGGGGACACCAGCACAGAGAAGAAGAGGAGGGCCGGGUGGCAUGCUGGUAGACUGAAGCGUUGUUGAAGUGAUGAAGGGGGUCCUGCCAUCUUUUUGAGAAGCUUUUAGUAAAGUUGAGC